AACAUUAUCAUUUCCUUUACUGAUAUGGCUAAAAUAUGUCUUUUUGAACCAUAUAUAAAUACUUAGAUAUAUAGAGAUAGAGAAAGUCAGUGCUCUGAGGCACAGAAACAUGAAUAAUGGAAGUAGUCCAUUAUUGGCAUUACUAAUUGUGUUGGUUGCUUCAAUGGCGGUGGUGGGUACAACCACCCACGGGAUCAGCCGGAAGAGCUUUCCGAAAGGGUUUGAGUUCGGAACUGCAACUUCGGCUUAUCAGGUGGAAGGCAUGGCCCACAAAGGAGGAAGAGGACCAAGCAUUUGGGACGAAUUCAUCAAGACUCCUGGACUGGAACCAAACAAUGCAACAGGAGAAGUUGCAGUCGAUCAAUAUCAUCGAUACAAGGAAGAUGUUGAUCUAAUGGCAAAUCUCAAUUUUGAUGCUUAUCGUUUCUCCAUCUCCUGGUCCCGAAUUUUUCCAAAGGGAACUGGAAAAGUGAACCGUGAAGGCGUUGCUUACUAUAACCGUUUAAUUGACUACAUGCUUCAUAAAGGCAUUACUCCAUACGCAAAUCUCAAUCACUACGAUCUUCCACUAGCCCUUGAAGAAAAGUAUCUUGGAUGGUUGAACCGUCAAGUUGUGGAAGAUUAUGCAGAUUACGCAGAUUUUUGUUUCAAGACAUUUGGAGACAGAGUAAAGAACUGGAUGACGUUUAACGAGCCUAGAGUUGUGGCUGACCUUGGUUACGAUAGUGGGUAUUUUGCACCUGGAAGGUGUUCCAAAGCGUAUGGUAAUUGCACAGCUGGGAAUUCAGCAACUGAACCAUAUAUUGUCGCCCACAAUUUGAUCUUAAGUCACGCAGCGGCAGUUCAAAGAUACCGCCAAAAGUAUCAGGAAAAACAAAAGGGACGUAUUGGGAUUUUAUUGGACUUUGCAUGGUAUGAACCUCUCUCGAGAUCAAAACCUGACAAUUUGGCUGCUCAAAGAGCAAUAGACUUUCAUCUUGGAUGGUUUUUGCAUCCACUUGUGUAUGGUGAAUACCCGAAAACGAUUCAAAACAUAGUCAACGACCGUCUACCCAAAUUUACGAAAGAAGAGGUUCAAAUGGUGAAUGGAUCUUUCGAUGUAAUUGGAAUUAACCAAUAUACUAGCUUUUAUAUUUAUGAUCCACAUACAAAUCCACCAAAAGACCUCAGCUACCAAACAGACCGUAAUGUAGGAUUUGCUUACGAACGCAACGGCGUACCAAUUGGUCCCAGGGCAAAUUCAUUCUGGCUCUACAAUGUACCAUGGGGUCUUUACAAAUCCAUGAUGUAUAUUAAAGAACAUUAUGGGAAUCCGACUGUGAUCCUGGCUGAAAAUGGCAUGGAUGAUCCAGGAAAUAUAACCAUUGCCAAGGCUUUACAUGAUACUAAAAGGAUCAAUUACUACAAGGGUUAUAUGGGUGCACUAAAACAGAGUAUUGAUGAAGGAGCAAAUGUGGUAGGCUACUUUGCAUGGUCUUUGCUUGACAACUUCGAGUGGAGAAUAGGGUAUACGUCAAGGUUUGGCAUUGUUUAUGUUGAUUUCGAGACUCUAAAACGAUACCCGAAGAUGUCUGCCUAUUGGUUCAAAAAAAUACUACGCAAAAGCAAGCCGUGAGGCAUUAGUGUCUAACUUUUAUCCAAAUGAUUGAACACUAGUUCUGUAAACUUAUCAGCAAGAUAAGAAAUAAAUUAUCAAUAAAUUGUACCGAAUGGCUGCAAAUGGCAAAGUUUUACUCAUUAAGAAAUGUUAUUCAGUCUUUGUACAUGAGCAAA